AUGGUUAGCCAAAAAAACGAGGACCGUCGGAUUUCUGGAAAAAUUCCAUCGGAGAGUCCCCGUCGCGCCACGUGGCGCCCGCCCGUUGGAGCUGUCAGUGGUGACGUCAGCGCUGGCGUCACGCUGACGCCAGCGCUGACGUCACCAACUCGGGCUUCAGCCCGGGCAAGAUUUGCCCUUGGGCUUCCUCGGGCUCGUGGGACCCGCCAUCAACCUGGGCUACGGGCCCUGCGCUGGAGUGAACUCGGGCAGCCUUUCCCCCCUAGCCCGUCAGCGCUGGAGAUGCUCUAA